CACGUAUUUCCCCCAGUCAGAUGCACCGAUCUCCCAACCAGCCGCAGUGUGCCUGUUGAUUACCCAUGUCGACAGCAAUCACAUUCAUCGUACCAACAUCCAGUCUUCCAACUUUCACCCACGCUCUGUGCGGGUGCCUUGGACAGAGCAUUGCUAUUAUCAUAUCCUCCUCAGCUCAUGAACAACCUCGUUUGAUACGGAAAGCAGUGACAUCGGCAGCCCCAUCGCCGAGCUGUCAUCUUACCUCCUACUUCCAACCACCCCAAUGAUCUUAUUCGAAACCUCUCCGCUCACCAGGCUACCUCCUUGAGCUUUGUGGCUCGCUCACCAAAGAACACCUGGUCUCCGCCCAGAUUCUCAAAGGGCAUUUCAGACUGUGAAGAUCGGCUACACGCGAAGCCUUGCGGCCACAAACCGUACAAGGGCAUCGAUUGUCCGUGCGUGUUGCAAGGCACCGCAUUCCGUGGCCGCAAACGUAACAUUCAACUCUGUGUUUGGCUGAAUAAUACAGAUACCGCUGCAGCCAGACACUCUUCGCAAUGGCGACGACGGCCUCGCAACAGACACCAACCAUGGUGCGCAGCCAUUCUGCCUCCCGCAAUCCUCCUCCCUCAUCCUUCGCGCCCGUAUCCCCUUCACAACCAUCUAGAGCGCGUUCGACAAACCAGCGGCCUUCUAAUCAUUCAGGCCAUAAUCGGUCGGGCUCUCGAUCAUAUGAAAACCCACCACCAUCGAAUCCUCCCACGCUCGUCAAUGUUGCUCGAAGGGACUUUGAACAAACAAAUAUGGCGAGAACGUCCUCAAGGCGAAGCUCACGGGACGGACGGGGAGACUACAGCGGAGAAAGUCAAGGGAGGACAUCAUCUCGUCCUGGAUCAAGGCGUGGGAGCCAGGAUCUUACCGCACCGACCACGGUCGUAGCGAACGGAUCAUCAGUUCCCCCUCACCCUCCUACGAGCACUGCGCAGAGCGACAGACACGCGUCACAGGCGUAUCCUACCGUGGGCCGUCGGCGCACGUCUAUCACUGCGCAAACAGGCACUUGGUCGCUCGGAAAAACCAUUGGGCAAGGUAGUAUGGGAAAGGUCAAGCUCGCUAGGAAUGGUGAAACUGGAGAGCAGGCUGCUAUCAAGAUCGUUCCCAGGCAGACUCUUGACGACCACGGGAAUGCCAAAGACGAGCGAGCUGAUCGUUCGAAAGAGAUUCGAACGGCAAGAGAGGCUGCCAUGGUCUCGCUGCUUUGUCAUCCCUAUAUCUGUGGCAUGAUCGAUGUUCAACGGACAAACUACCACUGGUAUAUGCUUUUCGAGUAUGUCAACGGUGGACAGAUGCUCGACUAUAUCAUCGCACACGGAAGACUUAAAGAGAAGCAAGCAAGAAAAUUCGCCCGACAAAUCGCCAGUGCCUUGGAUUAUUGCCACAGAAACAGCAUUGUCCACCGAGACCUGAAGAUUGAGAAUAUACUCAUCAGUAAGAAUGGUGACAUCAAGAUCAUUGAUUUCGGUCUCAGCAACCUCUACUCGCCACGCUCGCUACUCAAGACGUUCUGUGGAAGCUUAUAUUUUGCGGCGCCGGAGUUGCUGCAGGCUCGUCAGUACACUGGACCGGAAGUCGACGUGUGGAGUUUCGGGAUUGUUCUCUAUGUACUUGUUUGUGGCAAGGUUCCGUUUGAUGAUCAAAGCAUGCCUCAAUUACAUGCAAAGAUCAAGCGAGGUGUCGUUGACUACCCGCAAUGGCUGACGGCCGAAUGCAAAAAUAUUAUAUCGCGGAUGCUGGUGGUCGACCCCAAAGAACGCGCGAGCCUGCAGGAAAUUAUGAAUCAUCCAUGGAUGAUCAAGGGCUUCAACGGGCCUCCAGACAAUUACCUGCCCCAUAGAGAGCCGCUCUCGUUGCCUCUUGAUGCCGAGGUCAUCGAGAAGAUGCAGGGUUUUGACUUCGGGUCUGCUGCUUAUAUAACUGAGCAGCUCACCAGAAUCAUUGAGUCAGACGACUAUCAAAGUGCGGUCCGAAGAAUGACAAAAGACGACCAUAGCCAUGCUUCGGCCAGCGGAGAGAAGAAACGUGGGGUCUUCGACUUCUACAAGCGACGAAAUUCCAUAAGUAGAGAAGGUCUGACCGCCCCUUCAUCCGAAGCCAUUCGCGGACACGACGCGCUCAACGCCUACAGCCCUCUCAUCUCAAUCUACUAUCUGGCGCGCGAGAAGCUCGAGCGCGAACGCAGAGAGCAGAAUCCUGGUGCUUUGGCGCUGCCGAUGACUCCGAAAGAGACCCCUCUGAAAUUACCAGGCUUGCCGACGCCCGAGGCAGCUCACACCAAUACAUUUGCCCCGGAGAUGCCCGGUGAGAAGGCUACUGGGGGUCGCUCAAGACCACGCGCUAGAACGAAUGGUGAAGAGGAUGUGGUGCAGGGCAUGAAGACACUCGAGAUUCCAGAAAAGAGGCCUCCUCCUAGCGCAAGCUCGCCCACUGCCAUCCCCCCACCUGACCACCCUGCCAAAAGGGAAGGCACCGCUAUAGGUCUGCUUAGAAGGUUCAGCACCAGACGGUAUCGCGAGCGUGAUUCAGAACGCGCCCAGCCACCACCAGCGCUGAACAUCCAGCCUCCUCAAGACUCGGCGGCUCCUCCACGUAAAUCAUUCUCGGUCCGGCGUUCUCGCAGGAGGGAUCCGAGCCCAGGCACCCAUCAUGCAGGGGGAAGCCAGCCUCAACAUGAAGGUCUCCUCAGUGCCGGUAACAACUCCUCAAGGGCCGGUAAAUUUCUGGGUCGGUCGACCAGCGUCAAUUCUGCAGAUUAUCGACCACGUCGCCUGCUGCAUCGUGGACCGUCUGCCAAUGAGUCACCCUUGCUUGCACCCGAGCCGCCACCUACCAGCGGCUCCGACAAAUCUAGUGUAAGCGUUGGCAAGAACGGCAAAGGUGUAGAGCUUACAGACAAGCCUGCUCCGAAUGCCAGUCCACUGGCCACACCACGCACUCCAACCAGCAGUCGCACGAAGUCACUCGGACAUGCGCGACAAGAGAGCAUCCAAGCCAGACGGAGACGAUACGAAGAGAGACGGGAUCGAGAGGCUAACGUCCCCGAAGAGACUGAUGCAGACAUGCGAGUCGGUGCCGAUGCUUUGCGUACGCCAGCUGUUUCUGACACCCAAGGAACUGAGAUUUCCAAGCCUGCUAGCCUGAAAGGGCUGUUCUCUACUGCGACAACCAGUAGUAAACCCCCUGAAUUCAUCAGACAUGACAUCAUCCGAGUCUUGAACCAACUCGGCGUUCAAUACACUGUCAUCAAAGGAGGAUUCUCCUGCAGACAUGCACCUAGCAUCAAUCUUGAAGGGGUCAAAGAGCCGGGUCCAGGCCUUGAGGAGGAGAGGAGCGGUCGUGUGACAAGUGGGCAUCAACGAAGAAUAUCGUUUGGGGGAGCUUUCCGUGGUAAGGAUCGAGAAGACGUCAAGGACGAGAAAGUCGGCCGGCAUCACCCUCGGAGGAGACAACCCGAUCAAAGUUUCGUCACCAACUCCGAAGGCUCGGAGGAGUAUCUGCCACAAACCAGACAUAUCAACGAUCCACCUCAGGAUAUGGCAGCGACUAGGACUCGAGUGCAAGACGACACAGGCGAGCGGCUCGUGCUCAAGUUCGAGAUUGCCAUUGUCAAGAUCCCCCUCCUUUCCCUGCAUGGCAUUCAAUUCAAGAAAGUCCAAGGUGGUAUGAAUCAGUACCGGUCAAUGACCUCGGCAAUUCUCAACAGCUUGAGAUUGUAAUGAUAUGAGCGUUCCUUGUAUUUUUGUUCCGGCAGGGGAUGCAUGGCAGCAUGGCAGCAUGGCGCAACAUGGAGUUACGAAUGGAGAAGAGCCAUCAAACGUGCUUGGAAUGAGAAUGUUUGAGGGGACAAGAAUACCGUUGAGCGGAUCAAGCAAUUUAUGAAUGAAUGCAAGUGCAAGUGCAGUGCUUACACGUUCAUCGUUCACGUUCCACCUUGCAGAAUGACAAACAUGCC